AUGGCAGCCUACGUGGACAGAGACACUGGCCAUGAGGGAAUUUCUACCAGUACUUUCUAUGGUGGAAGAAAGAGAGAGGUGGCAUCUGUUGUGUUGCCACCUGAUGGUUCAUCUGAUUCAGAUGAGGGAACCAGUGAAGAAGAUGAGGAAGAUGAAUUAUAUACAGAGGGCCAGAAUCAGGACAGUAGCAGCAGUGACCAGCUCAGUGAUAGCUCAAGUGACGAGGCAGAAGAGGGAGAAAACCACAGUAAAAGAGGGAAGAUGUUCAGGUGGAGAAAAACUAAAUUUGAGCACCAGUGUACAGUUACACCAAGUUGCUUCACUGCACCAGAUGAGCUAUCCACUCCACUGACAUACUUCUCCAAAUUCUUUGACGACGACAUCUUUGAGACCAUUGCUCACCAGACGAACUUGUAUUCAUGUCAGCUCAUUGGAAGCAGCAUCAACACCAAUGCCUCUGAAAUCAAAGCAUUCAUUGGAAUGAAGUUGAUCAUGGGUGUAGUGAAAAUGCCUGCAGUGGAAAACUACUGGGCAACAGAUACGAGAUAUGACAAAGUGGCAGAUGUCAUGCCAGUCAAAAGGUUUAAAUGUUUGUCUAGAAUGCUCCACUUUCAAGACAACACAAGCUCUGACACCAGUGCAGAUCGCCUGCUGAAAGUAAGGCCUGUACUUGACCACAUGAGGGGGAAGUGUGUGGAAAUUGAGAGUGAAAACCAAUUCUCAAUUGAUGAAAUGAUGGUUCCAUACAAAGGCAAAAAAGCUGGAAGUCUGCGGCAGUAUCUACCCAGCAAACCCAAGAAAUGGGGUUUCAAGGUCUUUGUGCGAGCUGGUGUGUCUGGCUUUGUGUAUGACUUCAUGGUCUACACAGGGAAGUCUACAUUUAAUGGUGCUACUCCAGACAAAGAGUUUGGGUUAGGUGGAAAUGUUGUUCUGCAGCUGUGCAGCACCAUCAGAAACCCCUCCAACUGCAUUGUCUAUGUUGACAACUUUUUCACAUCCCUGAGAUUGAUAACACAUCUAAAAGAGUCUAUGGGCCUCAGCAGUUUGGGUACGAUUCGAAAGUACCGCUUGAUGGGUUGUACAUUGGAAGAAGAUCGAGACCUCCUACGAAGAGGAAGAGGCAGCUUUGACUUUCGUGUAGACAACGAUGCGAAGCUUGCUGUUGUCAAAUGGGCAGACAACAAAACUGUCACCUUGGUGAGCUCCUGUGCUUCUGUCAUCCCUGUUGGCCAAGUGAGACGAUACUCCAAAGAGGAAAAGAAGAAGAUAAAUGUGCCGUGCCCGAAGAUUGUAUCUGAGUACAACACUCACAUGGGAGGAGUAGAUUUAGCCGAUAUGAUGAUUGCCCUGUAUCGCACUCCAGCCAAGUCCCACCGAUGGUACCUGGGCAUAUUUUGGCAGAUGGUCGACAUUGCUGUCAAUAAUGCCUGGCUUCUCCAUCGUCGUGAUGCAGCCCCACUGGGUCAGAAACAUCAGUGUCUGAAGGACUUUAGGUUGGAUGUUGCCAAGGGACUCAUCUACCCUGAAAAGCAGAAACGGGGUCGCCCCUCCAAAGGAAAUGAAGACAACACACCACCAAGAGUCAUCAAACAGCCAAAAGUCCCCAGGCCUGUGGAUGAUAUGAGAUAUGAUGGGAUUGACCACUUCCCUAUCCUGUCAGUGAAAGGCCGAUGCAGGAUGUGCCCGGAUGGACAGACCUCCAUCGUGUGUCAGAAGUGCAAAGUGAGGCUAUGCAUUGUCACUGGCCAAAAACCUCGCAACUGUUUCCACAGCUUCCACUGCCAAUAG